UCAUGCCAUGGACAUGGGGCUGAUGGUACAGUGAUAGGGUGGAGUAACCGACUAUAUCAAUCUCAGGUUCCUCUCUAUCUCGCAGAUUCUCUCAUUCCCCCCUCCCUUCUCAGGAAGGCCUAAAACUCGCUGGGUUUUCCAAUCAAUGCCGAAAAUCCUUCAUCGCUACUGGAAAGUCAUUCUUCCAUGGUCUUCCUUCUCUUCCGGCAGGAAUUUCCAUUACUGCGUUAGAGGAUUUUGACAUCACCUCAAUUUAGUCAGGGUUCUGAGGCCGUCGCAAUUUUGAUAGAUUUUGUUUUUUGGUAGGCACGCUCUAUUAGGGUUUUAUUUCUGCGUUCUCGCGUAAAAAAUGGGUAGCUCUGAUCGGGUCGAUGAUCGGGCCUUCAAUGCAAAUUUCUCGGCUGAUGGAGUGGAGACGCUGAAGGAAAGAGUGAUAGAUAAGCUGAAGGAGUUCAUGGGCGAAUACACUGACGAAACUCUUGCGGAAUAUGUCAUUGUGUUGUUGAGGAAUGGUCGGUGCAAAGAAGAAGCAAAGAGUGGGUUGGAUGUAUUUUUGGGGGAUGACAGUGAUUCUUUUGUAUCAUGGCUGUGGGAUCAUCUGGCUGUGCAUUUAGAUUUGUAUGUACAACCUAAAGAAUUGCGAGAGGAAGCUCCCAAGAGAAAGCUCUCAUCAGAGGUCCAUGUGGGAAAUAAUGUUUCUCAGCAUUUCGAUUCACAAUCAGAAAGAGGAAAGUCUCAUAAGUCGUCAAUAAGUCAGCAUAACAAAGAUUGGAAAGGAGUAGCAAGGGAAGAAACUGAACCAUCUCAGAGCUCUGAGGUUGACAAUGCUCAUUUGAAGGAAAAGGCCCGAUCAAAAGUAAAUCACAGUCCAAGGUCACGAUCUCCAUCUCCAGUUAGGAAGAAAAGGGGCUGGCCUGAUGGGCAGCUGAAAACAAAGAAGGAUGUUUCAAAAGCAACUAUGAAUGCUCCUCGACGGCUACUCCAGUUUGCAGUGCGAGAUGCAGUGGCAACAUCUGGGCCAUCUAAUUUGGGCAUGACAGUGGAGCCCUCAUUGAAGCGUCUUCGUUCUGUGGUUUCUACUCCCUCUGGAAAUUCCUCUUUGGUCAAACAUCCGCUGCUGAAACAGUCUGUUUCAAGGGUGCAAAAUCCCAUGGCUACUGUGAUUAAUGCUGCAGCAGAAGCUGCCGAAGAUGUGAUUGAAAUCAAAUCAUCAAGAAGUGUAUUUGACCGACUUGGUCGUGGUAUGAAUCCAUUGGAUGGUGACAAACAACUUGGAGAUAAUUACACAAGUCAGGAGCAAGACCAAUCAUAUCUUCAAGGAUCUGACUCCAUUGGGCAGUACGCUGCGAAUGUGACUCUGUUGGACCAUGAUGGUGAUUUUCUUUCUGAUUCUACCUCUGAUAAUGAACUUCAUGGUGAUGUCAAUGCCAUGGGUCAUCAAAUGACUGGUGCUUCUCAGAUUGGCUUCUCUAGUGGUUGCAGAAGUGAGGAGUCGCUGAUGGCUCAGUACGGUGCAGUUAAAAAUGCAGAUGAUACCAUGCUCCUAAAAAGGAAUAGAAGCCAGGAGCGAGCUGCUGCUGCACCUAAUGCUUCCAAUAAAAUUAUGAAUAUAUCUGUUAAUGUAAAUACUUGGAAACCACAGCAAUAUCAGGAAUCAAGAGAGUUCGCAGAAGCUGGUGGUCACAGAAAAGUAGAUAGUGAAACAGGAGCUCCCAGAUCUGGCCAGCAACUGUUGAAGGGGAAUGCCAAACCCUUGAACACGACUAAUGGAAAUGGAAACCAAGGUGCUGAUAUUCAGAAAGAGUCUAAGAAGAUCCAAUUAUCUACUUCUGGUUCCUAUUUUGAAUACCCAGGUUCAAAUGCUGCUGGUCGUCCUUUAGAUGAUGCUGAUGCCAGAACUAUUUUUGUUAGCAAUGUGCAUUUUGCUGCCACCAAAGAUAGCUUGUCUCGUCAUUUUAGUAGGUUUGGGGAAGUGCUAAAAGUCAUUAUACUUACAGAAGCAGCAACUGGCCAACCAAAAGGGUCAGCUUAUGUGGAAUUCAUGAGAAAAGAGGCUGCUGAUAAUGCAUUAUCUCUGGAUGGAACUUCUUUUAUGUCACGCAUUCUGAAGGUGGUGAAGAAAUGUGCGGCACAUGUAGAAUCUGUUCCAACCAUGACGUGGCCACGUGUGAUGAGGGGUUCUCCAUUUCCUCCUUCUGGGUUUUCCAGAGUUCCCUUCCCAAGAGGUGCUCCGGCCUUUACUCCCUGGCCCCCAAUUAAACCUGGAGCCAGGAGCUUGCAGUGGAAGAGGGAUGCUCAGGGUGCUCCUGGCCAUGGUGCUUCUUUAAAUGCUAGCGGCGCUUCUGUGCCCUUUUCCCGUAGUCUCACCUAUGUCAGAGCAGAAACAAAAACCUAAGGCAGCUUUUGGUACCACCUUUGGUUCUCAAAAUCAUGGGAAGGCUCAUGGCAUCACAGAGUGGGUUUCCAUAUGUUGAUCAACAAAAAGGAGGGAAAAGAGAAGGGGGAAAAAACAAAGGAACUGAAGAACUUGCCUGGUCUAAUUAUUGGAUCAGAACAGAAACUAACACGGAAGGCAGCUGAGGCAUACCUCGCGAAUUGGUUCUUACAAUAAUUAGAGCUCAUGAUUGCAUCAGCGUGGCACUCUGUUCGCAAAAUAAAAGGAGGACUUAAGGGCAUUACUGGAUUAAUUUUUGAAAUAUCAUUCUUCUGUAAAUGGGGAAGGACCUUACAAUAAUCCAGAGAUCUCUUUUGUUGGAAAGUAGGUAGAAUUUGAUGUCUUUGUUUGUUUUGGUAUGAGAAAUCUGGAUUUUGGUCGGGUGAAGGUAGGAAGAAUGUACUUGGAAACAGUGGGGAUCUCGUUAGUUUUAAGUUAACUUGCGCUAGCACCACUAUAGGCGAAUUGAAGUUUGUGGAUAUGGUAGGUCCUUGUAUGUUCGGCUGUAUAUCAUGCAAUUCUCUCAUUUUGUAUACAUUCUGCAAGAGAUGUUGCAGUGGACUAGGAAAAAGAGGUUAAAAGUUGAGGUUGAGUUGGACAUAACUAGAUUAUUAUUUUAAUGAUGUAUGAGCCUAUCUGGUUGGGCAUCAGUUCUUUUCAAAA